AUGGGAGGCACAAGCAGGAAGACACUCAUAGAACCAGACCCCGGGCUCCGGCGACCAAAGGCAACAAGAAACAUCGCCACACUACAAAAAAGAGGACCCAGAACAGGGCUAAAUAGGGCAAACAGGAAAAAACAGCACAAAGCCACCCAACCCCUACAAAGGGACCCAAACUCCCAAAGGACGGAAGGGAGCAGCACCGACCGCAGCAGGGACAAAUUCCGCACCGACCCCAGGACCCGCACAGGGCCCAACUGCACAUGGCCAGCACCUCAACCCAACACCACCAACAAACCACCCCCCACGCCACAGUGGGCCCACAACCCGCCGCUGGCCAGCUACUCACAAGACAACCUUCCCACACAGCUGGUGAAGACACACAACCUGCUAACCACCAGGAACUACAUCUUUGGAUACCACCCCCACGGCAUCAUGGGCUUGGGUGCCUUCUGCAACUUCAGCACUGAGGCCACAGAAGUGAGCAAGAAGUUCCCUGGCAUACGGCCCUACCUGGCCACGCUGGCUGGCAACUUCCGGAUGCCUUUGCUGAGGGAGUACCUGAUGUCAGGAGGCAUCUGCCCUGUCAACCGGGACACCAUAGACUACCUGCUUUCCAAGAACGGGAGUGGCAAUGCCAUCAUCAUUGUCGUUGGAGGUACUGCGGAAUCUCUGAGUUCCCGGCCUGGCAAGAAUGCUGUCACCCUGCGCAACCGCAAAGGCUUCGUGAAGCUGGCCCUGCGCCAUGGAGCUGACCUGGUUCCCACCUACUCCUUUGGUGAGAACGAAGUGUACAAGCAAGUGAUCUUUGAGGAGGGCUCGUGGGGCCUCUGGGUCCAGCAGAAGUUCCAGAAGUACAUCGGCUUUGCCCCCUGCAUCUUCCACGGCCGAGGCUUCUUCUCCUCCAACACCUGGGGGCUGGUGCCCUACUCUAAGCCCAUCACCACUAAACUUUCUUUGCAAGAUGAGAAAACGCCUCUAAAGGCGGAACAAGCGGAGAGGAAACAGAGUUACACUGUGGAACUGACUCAGGGGAAAGUGAUGAUAAACUUUGGUCUGAAGAUGAAGCAGACUUAG